UAAAAGGCCAAACACGAGAGUAGUGCGCGAGAAUGAUAGGUCUCUCCGCCCCUCCUCCUCCUCCUCCUCCCGCUUUCUCCAGAAGCGCUCCUCCCACCGCAGCUCUCCUCCGCCGCGCUUCUCCGGCCCUCGUCCUCGUCCCCGGAACCCUCGCGAGAUUCCAUCCAUGGAAUCGCGUCCGAUGCCGCAGCAGCGGCGGCGGCGGCGGCGCAGCUCCUGGACCCGGUUCAAGUGAAAAUGAGAGCAAAGCUGUUCUGGAUGCAUUCUUUUUGGGAAAAGCUUUUGCAGAAGCACUGAACGAGCGGAUAGAAUCUACUGUUGGAGAACUUCUUAGUGUGGUCGGUCGGUGGCAAGCUGAGCAACAGAAACAAGUUCAAGAUUUCCAGGAAGAAGUAAUAAAGAGGGCCCAAAAAGCCAAGGAGAGAGCUGCCCUGGAGGUCGUGGACGAAAAAGGUGCCAUCUCAAAGUCGUUAGGCGACUCUUCCAAGAGUGCUACAAGAACUGUUUCACCCCCGUCUUCCGGUCCUACUGCAGAGGAGCCUCUCCAGCAGGCACUUAAAGACUAGCAUCCUUUUCCACUCAAUUAAACACAUUGCAGUAUGAUAAAUUCGAGGGUAAAUUGCACUAUCGGUCCCCAUACCUACUACUCAAGCUUCACUUUGGUCCUGAAACUAUUGAGUUCAACAUUUGAUAUCCUGAACUUCCGAAAUUGUUUCACUCUAUUCCUGAUUCCUAUCUUUUAUUCGAUAGAAAAACUAUUGCCUGCAGGCCCUGCACCAGGCAGAUCUGUACAUCUUUGCGCCGCCCAUCAAUGAGCCCUCGAUCUCAUUCGACCAUUUUCACCAGUAAGUUGUCGGAUGGCUGUGAUAUAAAGUACGAGUUGUACUGAGGGCUGAUUGAUUCGCAGUGCACAAAUGUACAGAUGCAUCUAUGAAUGAAUGAAGUUCUAGGUGUCGAAUGUGUAAUUCAGAAGUGGCAGGACCAAAGUGAAACUUGAGUGGAAGUCUAGGAACUGGUGGUGCAGUUGGCCCUAAAUUCGACACACAAUUUUAUUCUGAUGUUGUAGUGUUGUACUUAGAACUAGUGUUUCGCUGAGCCGUCAAGCAUCAGCUAGGUUAUUUAUUUAUUAUUAACAGCAUUGUAUUGUACCGAAUAAACUUAUUAUAUUUUCUCGAGAAAAGAGCGUAAUCUCGGCAUCUCGAAUGCUUUCUCCCAUUAGCAAGUUUUAUGUAAAACGAAGGGAAUUGUUGGCACUCUUACCGAAUGUUUAUCUGAUGCUAUGUCUUCUAUAUUAUGUGGCUAUGGAAGGGUUUGGUGUUGGUACUA